CCCUCGAUGGUUUGACACGUCUAGUAAUUAGCCAUGAAAAUAGCACGUAUACGCGGUAGCUCCAAAGCAUCUACAUGGAAGCGCCUGGGCUUCACUCCCAUUCCCGACGCCAACACCAGGAAGCUACGCGCACUCUGCCUGCACUGCCAUAAGGGCCAAGCCAACACUAGCAUCGACAGGCUCAUCAUCCAUAGAAAAUCAUGCAUCAAAUUCAAGGAGGACUUGACCGAUGAGUUCAAAAACAAAAACAAAGAGGAACAGGAAAUAACGCCGAAAGUUGAACCGGAAUUUCCAUCACAUAUUUUGGACAAAUUGCUGGAGGAGGAUGACGCGCGGACUGCUGGUACCGGCCUGGAGGGGUACCUGAGUAACAUGGACACACUUGCGGCCCCACACGCGGAUUCCAGUCGCUUGCAGAAGGAACUGAUCAAGGCGGAGACCGAGUAUCUCGAGACAAAAUCUGCGUAUUUUAACAAAAUGAACGAGAUCGCUGAGCUGAAGCGCACCGUGACCAUGCUGGAGGCGAAGAAAACCCAGCUAGAGAUUGUCAAACUGAGAGCAGAGUGCGAGUAGUAUUCGUUUAUUCCGUUUUCCGUUUUAGCCUUUAAUUAACACAAUACACAAUAAAUACAAU